UAAAAUAUUUCGUCGAAAUGUAUGAAAAUUUUUUUCACUACGUAAAGUUGGUUAAAAUAUCAAAUUAUAAUAUUACGUUACGUUACAACGAUGCGAAUAUGCGAUACUGCGAUAGGUCCUACGACGGACAUUGAUACAUUAAUAUUAAUAAGUCGUUUGUCGUUGUGACGUUCGUCGUGUUCGGCAUUUUUGAAUUUACUUUAUUUUUAUUUUACGAACCUAAACCUAAACGAUCAGAUUACAGAUCGUUUCAAAAGUGAUAACACCAAAGUCCAAAUCAUAUCAAUAUAAAUUUACUGUCUUUUAUGAUCGUAAUUAUAAGUUUCGAAUUUUCAAUUGCUCCAUUUCUAAUUUACUUACCAGUUGCUAAGAACCGUUAAUAUGAAGUAAUAGACUAGAGUACAUCCGUCAUCCACAACAUUGCAGUCAUCGACCCAUUCAACUCAAGAUAUUAUGGACCUGCUCAAGAAGUAUUUCAAUAAUAAUAAUGAUUCUUUUCUUCCUUUCGUUUCAGAUUAUGUCACAAAUUAUUUUAAUUAUAUCAAUGAAAAACCAGUACCUUCAGUCCUGGCACCUAUAACAAUAACUCUAUUCUUUUACUAUGUCUAUAUUUAUGUAAGAAAAUUUUAUCCAAUCUACGUAAACUGUUGGUUUUGCAAUGCCAAUUUUAGAGUUGCUUUUGAGGACCGAUUUGAAUUUUCAUGCAUUGAAUGUGGGCAGUUUAAUGGUUUUAAAGAGGACGGAAGCUAUAGUAAAUCGAUUCCUGAACAACAUGAUCAAAGGUAUAACGGAGCUGUUUUUUCUGUAAUCCAAGAAGAUGUAAAGGAAAGUAAAAAUGGUUUAUGUCAUAAAUGCAAUAUUAUACAAGAAAUGAAAGUGAAACAGUUAGCUUGUUUCAUCCCUACAAAGGAAAGAAACUUUGAUAGAGAAAUUGAAAAGUUCAAGGACAACUUGGAAGCAACGUUAAAGUUAUGUUCCAAGUGCAAUCAAUACACACAAAAAGUACUAGCACUGCAAGAACAACGUUACAAUUUGAGAUCAUCUAAAAUAAAUAAUAAUCAAAAAGGUAUGCAAGAUGUUGGUGCCUGGCCCAAUAUAUGUUCACUGUCUUUAUCAUUUAUUGUAUUUGUACUCUCUUCUGGUGUGGAGAACUAUUUGGGUGAUUGGACAGUUCAACAUUUAGACCCAUUGAUUUCCCAAAAUAGUGUUGUAACACUAACACGCUCAAUUGGAAUGAUUAGCCUAGGUGGUACAUCAUGCCAAGUUUAUCACUGUUUGAGGACAUUGGACAAAUUGAGUGCCAUAACUAUGUUCCUAUGGUCAUCAUUAUGCGUUAUCAAUAAUUUUAAUUAUUUUGAACAUUUAAAACUUAAACUUCUCAUUUCUGCUAUUAUUGUACUACUAUCAUCUGUAUCUAUACUUAGAAAUUUGACAAAAAAACAAAAAAUUGAACAAACAAGUAUUCAACUGGAGGAUGAAAAAUACAGAAUUAAUAAUACAAAUAAUUAUGAUACAAGUGCAAACGGAUCAUGUAAAAACAGUGAUGAAUCAGAAAUGAUGGACAUUGAUCACAUUGAUGAGUUACCUAAAAGUCGUAACAAGAGAUUGAAUAAGACUGUCAAUAAUCUGUUUCAAGGGAUGAAACUCAAUGAAAACAGUGGUUUAAAAAAUAAUGUACUUCGACCACCAAAUUUUUUAAUGCCUGUCAAACGGGACAAGUUUGCAGGGUAUGCUGAGUCUUCCCCUGGAUAUUAUUCGUCGUAUUCUGUGAAAGACGAUUAUGAUUUUGAUACGCAGAGCAUUUACUCUCAACACAGUUUUAGACCUCAGUAUUCACCAAUGUGUCACCAACCCAUUUCUCCGUACACAUAUUAUGCUCUGCCACACCACCAAAAUAGUCCUUUGAACUUAUCGCAUUCGUCAAAUACAUCAAACAUACAGCAUACCUCAGAAUGGCCAAAGAUGUUGAUGUACUCAAUUCCUGGAGUUAUAUUACUUGCUCUGCAAUGUUACCUAUUGCACGACAUUAAAGACUACAUGAAACAAAAGUGAGAUUAGAUUUAAAUUUUUAUCUUAACAUAAUGAACUGGACAUUAUUUUGUAAAUAUUAACUGUAACACUGCUAUUGUUGUAUCUUAAAUAUGUUAACUUAUAAGUGUUCUUAAUGUAUAAAGACUGUUAACAUUUAUCAUUUUUUUUUUGUUAACAUUAUUAUAAUUUUUUUGUUAGUUUUUUUUUCUACCACAUAAACUUUUCUGUAUAAACUUUAAUUUAAUUUUUAAUAAAUUCUUCCAGUCAUUAUUUUUAUAGAAUUAUUUUUCAUUUGAAUUUAUUAUUUGAAUUUUAAAAACAUGAUGCUUAUGUACUGUAUAAUAUUAUAUUGGUUCUUUAAUUAUUUGUUAUUAGUUAUAUCUACGCCUCAUAAGUUGUAACAU